GAAAAAUACAUCACCUUUCCUUUUAGAGUUUAAAAUCAUUAUCAAUUCACUUCUGUCAUAUAUGAUGAAGAAAACCCCUCAACUCUCGUUUACAGUCUUUACUAUCUUCAUCAUUCUUGUGUUAGGAACGAUGGCAAAUGCAAAAGAAAAGGGCAAAUUGUGUGAUCAAAUACAACUCCCUGUAAACAAAGAUGGGUUGUGUGUUGAUUCUGAAUGCCAAAAUAAAUGUCGCGAGGCAAAAGGACCGAAGGGGUUGAGUAAAUGUUUUGGGUCAAAAGCCAAAAAGUCUAUGAAUUGCUAUUGCGGAAUUCUUUGUUAACGUGCUGGUUAAGUAUGGUGAAUAAAUAUGAUGCUCAACCAUGAUAGCUUUGAAGUAUUUUUUUUUAUUUUUCUCUGUUUUUUUUUCCUGUACUAGAAAAACACUAUAAUAUUUUUAUUGGAAGCCUUAUAAUAAAGUAUUGAAAUGUUUGUUUCGGAUUUGUUGCAUUAUUUAUAAUAAUGAAUAACAUAAAUUUUAAUCA